AAGAAACUUGGAAGCAUUUCGAAAUCAAAUCCUCAAAAGAAAAAUUGGAGUCCCAUGCGGCUCUUUCUACUCUCCCAGGUCGAGGAGGCAGCGCACAAGAAGCAUGGUGGUCCUGAAGGGCUCGAGGAACAGAGAAGGACUCAGUUGAGCGCGAAAGUUGAGAAGCGUGUCACAAAACGGAAGGAAGACUCGCGCAAGGAGGAGCAGGCCGCCGAGAGAGUAAAGCAGAUCAAAGACAGAAUAGAACAAGAGAGCAAGAAGGGAAAGCAUGUUGUGGAAGGUGAGGUGUACAAUGAUGAGACUGGCAUGCAUGAGAGAACAUUUACCGAUGGGCCUGCUGUGGAGGUUGAACUCAUCUGACAUUUUGAACCCCUUCAAUUGCGCUGAUGAUCAGACCAGUGGAUUCUAUACUGGGCGAUUGUUGCAACGGAUUUAACUUUGCUCGAUAUGGCACUUUCAUGUUGACAAAUGAAGUUGC